UGAUCAGGAACAGUCAACUUGGAUUCACAAAGCACAAAUCGUGCCUGACCAGCCUGUUUGCCUUCUAUGACAAGGAGUCACGCUUCCAAAGAGCUAAUGACAGACCAAGGCAGAGCCCGUUCAUGAAUCCUUCUCCAAUAACACGUGUCUCCUGAGGCUGUUCACUUGGGCUUGGGUCCCUCUACUAUGCAAUCAGACCCACAGAAUACAUGGCAGAUAGGCUCGUAACUGUGCAUGGGACUGACAAGAACUUGCAGGAAGACUGGGAGUGACCUCGAUGCACCUGGCAGUGGACACACUGUGCUCAGUUCCUGGUGCAGGCUAGCACUGAGAUCACUUAGGAAAACAAGGAGUAAACUGCAGAGAUUGUGCUGUGUCUGUUCCACGUGUCAGAUCCCCGGUCCCACCAGUUGCUCACCCUGAGGCCUGCAGCCAUGGCGGGAUGGGGAUGCCAGGAGGAUCCUGCAGAGUACUGUGCAGGAGGCUACUGCCCUGUGCAGAAGGGAGACACGUUCCAUGGAAGAUACCGGGCGGUGCACAAGCUGGGCGCUGGCUACUUCUCUACAGUCUGGUUGUGCCAGGACACGGUAGAGAAGAGGCAUGUGGCUGUGAAGGUGGCCAAGGGUGGGCAGAGCUUUGCUGAGGCUGCGCAGGAUGAAAUCUCCCUGCUCCAGUGUGUGAGCAGCAUGAAGAAGAAGGACCGGGCAGGGGACAAUAUUGUCCAUUGUUUACGUGACUUCAAAAUGCUUGGAGCAAAUGGCUUCCAUGUGUGCUUGGUGUUUGAGUUGCUGGGCCCUUCUCUGCGAUGUCUAAUGAGAAGCCAUGGAGCCCAGGGACUGCCCUUGCCGUUUGUGAAGAAAGCCCUGCAACAGGUCCUGGCAGGGCUGCAGUUCCUGCACGGCAGCUGCCGGAUUAUCCACGCAGACAUCAAGCCAGAGAACAUCUUGCUGCGGGUGGAUGAGGAGAGCCUCCAGAAGCUUCUGCAUGAGACAGUUGCCUGGAGCCGGAGCACAGAUCUGGGUCUAAAGAAACCAGGAAUUCUUGCCAGUCAGUCAGCUCGUUGCAGUAUAAUGAAAAUGGGAGUGAAAAUUGCUGACCUGGGCAGUGCUUGCUGGACUUACAAGCCACUGGCCAAGGAGAUCCAGACUCAGCCCUACCGAGCCCUGGAGGUGCUUCUUGGGUUAGAGUACAGCACUCCAGCAGAUGUCUGGAGCACGGCCUGCCUGGCAUUUGAAAUGGUGACUGGUGAGUGCCUUUUUGAGCCCCGGGCUGGGAAAUAUUUCUCCAGAGACGAUGAUCAUGUUGCUCGUAUCAUUGAGCUCCUGGGAAGAAUCCCUCCUGAAAUUGCUUUCUCCUGGAAACAGAAAUCAAAGUUCUUCAGCAGUCAAGAUCCAAGGUUGUGUGUGUCUGCAAACUGCCUGUCUGUUCUGGAAGGGGGGAAGGCACUGUCCCUCAUAAGUAAGUCUGUAACAUUGCAUGUGAUUCUUUUCAGGAAAAGAAAACCUUUUUGCUUGCUAGAAUAGUAACUAGCAAGCACCUUGUUCUAAGAAAGAGUUUCUGUGGCAGUAAAUUAUUUGAAGCUUCACAUAAAAAAAAUAAAAAAGCCUGGUCUGCAGUACAAGAGGAAAACUGAGGCAUGUCACUGUUGGGGAGGGCUAGCAACUCUGAGGUAAUUCAAGGGAGUGGAAGGUCACGAGUACCGAUGAAGCGCCCUUGUUCUCAGAAAGUUGCAGCUCACUUGCCCAUAGAAGUGGUAAGGAACUAGCUGUAACUGGUUCCCCAAACAGAUCUUAAGCAGUAUUUUAAGUUAUAAUAGGCCACCCCAAUGGGGGUACAAGUGUUUUCUUUGUCUUUCAGAUCAUCAAAAAGCACUAAUAUCAGCUGAAAGUUAACUGAAAAAACCAAACAAACCAUGGUUCUGUGUCAUGACAUAAUAAGUUUGUGUUCUGUGUUCUGUCCAGAUUUGUAUGUGGGUCUUGAUUUUGCUAUAUGUAUUUCAAACAUUGUUGUGUGUACAAUAUUGUUGUUUUAGUGAAAGAAUAAUUAAAGUCCCUUGAAUAAUCUUAACUUUGUGCUUUACACAAACGGUUCUUGCUUUUACAAUUCUAGUGGAGUUUUAGUAGCAGGCUAUGCAGUUUGUAUUGUCUAGAAUGUAGUGCAAUCUGCUCCUCUACCUGCUGUUUUUCCCUUCUCUCCUAUCAUUGCCAGCUCCUACGCCAUCUCUGUCAGAACUGGCCCUCCUGCGAGACCAAGCCCCAGAAUCAGAAAAGCAGGAGUGCUCCCUAAAUUGUCACACAUUGGCAAAAGGGGGGAUGGUAGCAACCCGAAAACAAAAUUGGUUUGCUCCUAAAUUCUCCCAAGCAGCCAAAGAUUACUGUCUGGCUUGCCCUGUCUGCCAAGCCCACAACGUGAGUAAACCUGUAAAGACAGUUCUGGCAACCAGACCUUCACCUUUAGGACCAUUUCUGAAUUUAAAAAUGGACUUUAUUCAAUUGCCUAAAUGUCAAUCUUUUGAAUAAUGUGCUGGUUAUUGUUUGCUUGUUUUUGAGAUGAGUAGAAGCUUAUCCCUGCAGGAAAGCAGAUGCCAUCACAGUGGCAAAGAAACUUCUAAAUCAUUACAUCCCAUCAUGGGGAAUACAUCUUGUGAUCUCCAGUGAUAGAGGUACCAACUUUACUGGACAAAUUGUUCAAAAACUGGCAAAGUACUACUCUUUCAGACAAGCACUGCACUGUGCGCGACACCUGGAGAGCGCAGAAGCAGUAGAAAGAUGAAACAGGAUUUUAGAGAACAAACUUGCUAAAAUAUGUGAGAACUCUGGUUUAACAUAGGUAGAAGCACUUCCGAAUGCCCUAAUGAGCAUGAGAGCCACUCCUAAUAAAAAAACUGGACUCAGUCCAUAUGAAAUUGCAUGUGGCCGACGUAUGAGAUUGUUAAGCAGCCCAGAAAUUGACUUGGCUGAUGCCACACUUAUUAAAGGAAGCACAGUCAAGUAUUGUCAAGAACUUAUGAGGUGUGUACAGUCUUAUCAUUCACAGGUUAAAGACGCCUUCCAGGAGGCCCCGACUGAGCCGGGCCAUAAACUACAACCAGGAGACUGGGUUUGCGUGAAAGUUCACCCUCGGAAGACUUCCCUGGAACCCAGGUGAAAGGGUCCCUACCAAGUCCUUCUUACCACUUAUACUGCUGUAAAGAGCGAGGGAUUGCCCGCCUGGAUUCACGCCUCCCACUGCAAACUGGUUCCUACAGAGGUUGGCCCCAACAAGGAGCACCGCGGACCUAGUACCAGAGACCCAGGUCCAGAAGCAGACGGGGAUCAACGCAGGCUUGGUACCGGCAAUCCAGGCCCAGAAGCAAACGAGCCUGAGAGACCAAGGCUAAGGUACCAGCUGCGGCCCAAAAGAACCUGCCAGCGUUAGGUGAAGCAAACUACGAAGUCCUGAAGAACAGCCAGCAUGAGGCUGGACAAACAAUUCAUGUUAAGCUCAUGCUUAAUCUUGUUUUUAAUACCUAGCAGUUAUAACCUAUAUGGUUCAAAUGUGUUGAUGCUUUUAAUGAACCAAGUUUCCCAAGAAUUUAAUUCCACAGGUUGCUGGAUAUGUGCUCACAGUCCUGUACAUUCAGAAGGAGGCAUCCCAAUGAUUCCAGUCCCACUAAACAACACUCAAAUGAAUGGCACACUGUUUAGUGAACUAAAGCCAAAUGAUACUUGGCAGGAUAAAGGGUUUACUAACCCAGGGUAUAUCCGCCUAGCCUUGACCCCAAUUGGAAAGUACUGCUGGACAUGUAAUAGUUCAGGAGCCAGGGUAGGAAUAAGCGAAAACGGAAUGGCCCUAGACUACGUCCUAGCAAAUAAGGGCAGGGUUUGUGCCUUAGUAGGAAGAGAAUGCUGUGUGUAUAUCACUGACACCAGCAAGGAAGUAGAGGAAGAUGCCUCAGAAAUUGAAAGAACUGUAGAAAGCCUAAGACAGGAGGAAAACUGAACCCUUUAGGGUUAGUUGAGAAGCUAGUUUGGACAUGUGAAAACUUAGAUUCUGCAAGGUGUAGUUUUAAUAUUAGCUAUAUUCUUUUGUGUUUAUUUUUGUUUCUUGUUAAUCAAAUGCUAUAUUUCUUGUAUUCUAGAAAACACAAGACAGACCCUUACCAAUGGGAAUGUAGAACUCAUGAUAUUAAAAUAUGAUGAGCAAGAAAUGUAUAUAAAGGCUUUGAUGGAAAUGGAGGCAUGAAAUGGCUUCAAAGUUAGCCUUUAAAAGGCUAAAAGGGGGGAUUUGUAGAAACCAUUUAGCUAGAAGCCAUUCAUAUUUAGCUAGAAGCCAUUCUGUAUAACAAAAGCCAUUUCAGUUUCUUGUGUCUGCACGUACACU